UCCGACCACCGCCACCAUGAGGCAAACGACUCUUUGUUCCUACCACUUUCUCCCCUAAGUGCACUUCCUCCGGCGUCUUUUCCAUCGCACUUGAUUGACAGCGAGGAUGCCAGGCCCUUUCGACGCGACCUCCACCUUGCUAUUCAACCCUAGCGAUGCUGAGCUCGAGGCGGCGUACAACGCGAAGGGACGCCAGCGCACUACGAGAAUCCCUAGCAUGGGCAUAGAGGUCCACGAGGCAGCAUUUCAGGCUCUGAAGCCGGAGAACGAGGACAGGACGGCCGUACAUGAGUCCGAACACGGACUACUCAUCGCUGUCUUUGACGGUCACUAUUCCGGGGACCUCUCUGACUAUGCUGCGCAGACGCUGCCACAGAUGCUCUGUGAGCGCAUCGAGAAGAACGUCGCACAGGACCCCUCGGAUUUCUCCGCGGCAGUAGAGCGAGCGCUCGCGGAUGGCAUCAAGGACUUCGACGAGUCCCUACUGCGCGAUCUCUUCGAGGCGUUUCCGGAGUGCAGCUACAACGACGAGUUUUGGGGUAACGAGGACGAAGGAACCUUCGAGGUCGUUGGGUACUCCAAGCGCGAUGAGCGUGUACGCGCCGCGCGAAGGUGCUUGGUUGGCUCGACUGCGCUCAUCGGGUUCAUCGAUAGAGCCAAGUGCAACAUCUGGGUCGCUUCGCUAGGCGAUUCGGAAGCGGUUCUGGGCAGGAUGGUCGAUGGUCAGUUGCAAGUCAUCCCUCUCAACGAGCUGCACAACUGCGACAACGCCAGCGAGGUCGCCCGCGUACGCUCGGAGCAUCCUGAUGAGCCAUUAGCGGUCUCGCAGGGUCGCACGCUCGGGCAGCUGGCAGUUACGUGUUCUCUAGGAGACUUUGCCCUGAAAACGGACUACUGUCUCGCGCCAACGAUCAUACGGCAUGCUCGACCCGUGGGUGCUAUUACCUACCCCUUCCAUGCAUGGGAAGAGGACCCGAGCACUUGGAAUCCGCCGUAUAUCUCGUCCACGCCUACCAUACAGCGGCACGACCUACAACCUGGCGACGUCCUUCUCUUCGCGUCAGACGGACUUCGCGCUGCCCUGAAGUGCGUCAAGGAGGAUGAGAAGGCGAACGUCAUGGCGGCUCUGGCGCGAGGCGUCCCAGUGGAGAAGGCGUUCCGACACGCGCUCAUUGCGCCGCAAGAAGGUAACAACGAUGCGGAUCGGGUGAUUAGGAAUGUGCUCUUUGGGACUGACAAGGAGAAGAUGUUGGAGGAGGUGCAGCCGCUGGCAGGAAGGCUUCGCGAUGAUAUCUCAGUCGUCGUCGUUCGCCUGUAGUCCGUCGCUGGCUACGAAGUCCAGACCAGACAAGAAACCUUGCAAGCAACAUAGACGAACCCAUAGACACCACCUUGGACAAACAUAUAGACACCAUAGCUAGCUCUUGACGUUGUUCAGUUGCGAACAGAUUCAGGUUGUUCUUAUGGGUCCGCCCCUAUCAUUUCCGGCAAAUGCCGGUAUCACCUGCUUAAGAAGCAAUCGAUGGGAGUCCUUCUUGC